CCCGUAGCUUUCCGGAACGGAUCUGGACAACCCUGGCCUGUUGUACUCCGGACGUACUCUCCAGUGCAAGGACCCAUUUUGGGCCGUCAUGGCUUCCUGUUUGUAUCAUUUUACUUCCCGUAACGCGCCUGAGCCAUCCUGAAGCUGCGGAACGAUUUUCAUUUUGUGUCUGAAGCUGUAGACGGCAGUUUUUUUUCCAUUCGUUUAUUUGAGCUUCGUUUGUCAUAAUGCCAGUUAGUUGUGCUGCUGAAGGGUGUACGAAUCGAUUCAUAAAAGGUUCGGAAAUUAGGUUUUAUAGGUAUGUUACUACAGCAUAAAACGUGUUUGUUGUCGCUUCUACUCGAUGCGCUGUUUUACUCGUAGUUCCUUGAGAUAUUGGGAUGUAUCCGUUAUGUUUCAGCGUCAAUUUGUACAGCCUGAUGCAUUUUAGAAUUUAUUAUUACGAAAUCGUCCUGUCCCUGAUGUUUUUGUUACAGUAUAAUCCUGUUAUAGUGGACUCGCUUUUAGUGGAAUAUCGUCUAUAGCAACCGAGCACCUUUACGAGCAUACAGAAAAAGCAUCGGAUACAGCGGAAUUUCGCUUAUAAAGGACAAACAAUUUGGUCCCCAGGGCCACUUUUAACUGUAGCUUUGUUCGUCUAUAACCAACAUGCAGGCUCCGCCUACAAGGCGCGUGGCGUGCCGGUGAUAUCCAGCGCAGAUACGUAGUCGGGAUUAUUAAUGGUCACGCUCUAUAAAUAGGCAUCAAUAGUUAUUUUCAAAAUGGCUGGGAAGUCUGCAUCGAAGCGUCGUUCUAUAACAUUAGAUUUUAAACGCAAAAUCGUCCUUUUAAUCGAAACAAAAAUUAAAACACAAGCGGAUAUUGUACGUGACUAUGCUUUAAGUAAAUCUACGGUCAGUGACAUCUGGAGUAACCGUGAGAAGUACAAGACUUCUUCGCAGUUUGCAGAUGGCAGCAAGAAAAUGCGCAAAUCCACCUAUGAUGAUGUUGAAGAUGCGCUUUUUCUUUGGUUGAAGCAAGCACGUUCACUUGGUGCGCCAGUCUCAGGUCCAAUUCUGAAAGAGAAGGCAGUCAGGCUUGCUGUUGAACUUGGUCACAAUGACUUUAAAUGUAGUGAUGGAUGGCUGGAUCGGUUCAAGAAGCGCAGAGCUGUUAUCUUUCGCGUCCUGAGUGGCGAAUCAGUGUCUGUACCACAAGAACUUGCUACAGACUGGCUACAGACCAAACUGCCAUGGCUGCUGGACCAAUAUGACGAACGCAACAUCUUCAACGCUGACGAGACUGGAUUAUUUUUUAAGUUGUUGCCAGACCGCACAAUGAUGUUCAAAGGAGACAGCUGUCACGGUGGCAAGAGAAGUAAAGAGCGCCUCACAUUAUUGUUUGCUGCCAAUAUGGAUGGAUCUGAAAAGCUGCCGCUGCUAGCUAUUGGAAAGUCUGCCAAGCCACGUUGUUUCAAAGGUGCAAAGUCGCUGCCAGUUGUGUACAAAAGCAAUUGCAAAGCGUGGAUGACAGCCAGUCUGUUCAGUGAAUGGCUGACAGAUCUUGACAGAAAAUUUGUGAAGGAAGAGCGUCGCGUUCUGAUGAUCGUUGAUCACUGCAGCGCGCAUGACCCAGCUGUAGCUGAACAGCUUAAAGCAAUAAAGCUGGAGUUCUUGCCACCAAACUGUACUAGUCUACUUCAGCCAUGUGACAUGGGCAUCAUACAGAACUUCAAAGUUCUGUACAGAAAGCGACUUCUGCAGAAACUUAUCAUGGCCAGCGAGAACGGCGACAUGGAUAACUUUGCCAUAGACAUUCUGCAGUGUUUGCGAUGGGCUCGGUCAGUCUGGGAGAACGAAAUCACAGCGACAACAAUCAACAAUUGUUUCAGGAAGGCGGGAAUUGUCAAGAACAUUGUAUCUGAUAUUUCUGCAGAGACAGGAGAAGAUCGUUCAGAGACCUCCCCAUGUACAAUAUUGUCUGCUCGUGACUGUGGUAACAUAUUUGAACGACUGAUGGAAUUGCAUUUCUUGGACCAGACUAUGUCUGCGGAAGAAUUUCUUGUUGUUGAUGAGCAUGUGCAGACAGCUGCUGUGUUUACCGAUCAGGAGAUUGCAACAGAAGUCAAGGCAAAGUCUGCUGGUGUCGAUGGUGCACAAACUGGUGACGAAUCCAGUGAUGAGGAGGCUCCAGCUGAGCUUCCACCAUCUACACGUGAAGCAAGCAUGGCGUUGACACUGCUGCAGCGUUACAUUGAACAUAACGCUAAUGAUGCUGUUGAAGCAGACGUUCUGAUGAAUUGCGUUGGAAAACUUGAUGCCUAUAUCACUAAAACCUCUGAAAGAAAUGCAGCCCAGAAGAAAAUGACAGAUUAUUUUUCUUCCCAGUUCCCCAUCAGCAAGCCCCAGCUCGCGGCCCAGUGGGUACAGAGCCUCGGUCGCAAGUCAUUUGUUCCCACUGCCAACUCGUGUCUCUGCUCCGAGCACUUCCAGCCAGACUGUUUCCGUGAUUACAACGGAAGGCAGUUCCUGAGAGAGGAUGCCGUGCCUACUAUCUUUGCUGGCUGCAAUACUACAAAGAUUGAAUUACGGAAGAGUCGAGGUGGGGUAGUAGCAAAAGAUCCUUUGACAGAAAAAGAUAAAGAAAAGGACCACGAGAAAGCAAACCUACGUACAAGAGACAAAAAGCAAAAACUGAAGGAGACAAAUUCUGCCAAUAUGGGCAAAACAGCCAAAGCUUUGAAGUCAUUGGAGUUUACCAACCCAGGCCGACAAACAGACUUUGCAGCAGAGAAUAAUAGGAGAGACAAGAGGCGAGUGAACAAGUACACUUCCAGUGACAAGCAGACCAUGGGUACAAAGAGUAAAGUGUAUGACAGCAAAGGCCUGCUGAUCGCUAACGGCUGUGACGUGUGCGACUGCCUGGACGUGGAAUGCAUGGGCUGCUUCUACCCGUGCCCUGGCUGUGGCUCCCGCAAGUGUGGUGUGGAGUGCCGCUGCAACCGCAAGUGGCUGUACGAACAGGUGGAGGUGGAAGGAGGGGAGAUCAUCCGGAACAAGUACGCUAGCUAGGCUAGACGUCUCCACAGAAUCCACUUGUGCACAAUGCUAUUGUAUAAAGUCAAAACGGAUUUCUUUGCUUAUGACCACGGUUCUUCUGACUGAGGAGUAUUAAUUUAAUUUCCGUAGUAUACUUUAUAAGAUUUGAAAUUGUGUUCUUUACAUCAGCAGUGGAUGUUUGUUUUCCAGCUCUUUAAUGAGCUAUACUGUUAAACACAGAGACCACUAAAUUAGUUAAAUACUUUGUUCUUAAAUUCUCAAAAAGGUCUCAGGUGGUGUGUAAAGCUUUGGUCAGUGUGGCCCCUUAAUAGCAGGACUGAAGAUAAACAAUCUGCAGUGAUUUAGUUGUAAAUAUAUAUGGAUUUUGGUCACAUGCAUGUCAUUUGUGUCAAAUAAAUUGUGUUUUAUAUUUUUAAA